AUGAAUAAAUCAUCAGCUCUCGUCGGCAUUGUAUCCGGACUAUUUGGUGCUGGCUCUGUCUAUAUCCUUAAAUCUAAAGACACGAUUUCUAACGAAGCUGUGUCAAAAAGUUUAGAGGCAAAUUCAAAUAUUUUAAAUCCUAAAAUACGUUUGUCCGAAAAUAAGUUAAAAAAUUAUGAAACUGCCGUAAAAAAAUCAAAAGAACUCGUUAAGAGAUUUAAAGACGAAAUCGGAGUACCUGGAUUGGUCAUUGGAGUAAGCGUUGAUGGUAAUACAGUAUGGGAAGAAGGAUUCGGAUUUGCUAAUUUAGAAACAAGAACACCCUGCAAUGUCAACACUGCCAUGAGAAUAGCUAGCAUAAGCAAACCCAUAACGAUGACAUUAUUAGCGAAAUUAUACGAAGAAAAAAAGGUAGAUUUAGACAGGUCGGUUCAUGAUUAUGUACCUUAUUUUCCAAAAAAAAAAAUCGAUGACGAAGAGGUAGAUAUAACAAUAAGACAAUUAGCCAGUCACACAGCAGGCGUAAGACAUUAUAAAAAAAAAGGAGAAAAAAAAGAUAAGGGUAAUCGUGAUUCCGGAAAGGAAUUCUAUUAUAAACAGGAAGUAAAUACAAUUGAAAAAUCUGUAGAAAUGUUUAAGGAUGAUGAACUUUUAUUUAAACCAGGUACAUCAUUUGAAUACACAACUCAUGGAUACACAUUACUAAGUGCAGUUAUUGAAAAUGUGGGUAAAAAACCAUUUACUUUUCAAAUAGAAGAAUUUUUUAAAAGUUUAACAUUAAAAAAUACAUAUUUAGAUAGGAUACCAAAAAUUAUUUAUGAAAGAUCAAGUUACUAUGACAAAAAUGAAAAUGGUCGUUUAGUAAAUGCAAAAUUAGCCGACACUUCGUAUAAAUGGGCAGGAGGAGGUUUUGUAUCAACUGUUGGAGAUUUAUUAAAAUUUGGUAAUGUCAUGCUUUAUAGUUAUCAACAACGAGAAUCAGAUAAACCUGGAUAUUUAAAAUCUGAAACAGUUAAAGAAAUGUGGACGCCAGUUGAAAACACAAUUAUGAAAUGGGGAAAAAAUUCAGGUUAUGGUCUGGGAUGGACAGUUGUUCCAGAGAUGGAUGAAAUAGGGGGUGUGAAUGAAAAUCAACAAUUUUAUGUUGGUCAUUCUGGAGGAGCAGUUGGAGCGUCGAGCGUUCUCAUUAUUGUACCUGAUAAAGGAACAAACACAAAUGAAAAUAUAAUGAGAACAAUACCAAAAGGUAUAGUUGUAGCCAUUUUAGUCAAUUUAGAAAAUGUAUCUUGUAGAAAUUUGGGAAAAAACGUUGCAGAUGAAUUUAACAAACUAAUGUAA